AUGCCCAAGUCCUACCGUAGCUUCGACGAGGCAACCUACGACGACUAUGCUGCCGAACAACGUGAACGCGAUGAUACCAUCAGCACCACUACGCCGACGUCGCCAACAGCCACCUUUCGCCCCCUGAGGCAGAUGCGAGGCUCAGACCACGAUCUCACACGGUCACGAGAGAGCAUCAAUGAGCGGUCGAGCCUGCUCAACCCACAUGGCCCCGCCGCGCGGUCAUAUGCGAGCCUGCCAGGUCUAGCAACACCGGCUACGCCCAGGCCUGGCACCAAGAGACACAACAGCCAGCUUCCUACGAGCUCACGCAUGCGCCACAGCAGAGCAGGCUCCUUCAGCAACGGUCAGUCCUUUAGCCAGCGGCUGGUCAACGCUCUGGGCGAGCGACGGGCGGGUCUGGACGAGAGCAUGCACGCAGCCAAGGCCUCUCUUUGGCAGGACAAUCGCGUGUGGUACGAUCAGUUUACCUCGACCGACUGGGUGCAUGACAACAUUGCGGAUGCCUACCGCGUCAAGGCGCUCCGCAACCGUAGAGACAUCAGGGGUCGGCUGGCGGCAUGGUGCGAUGGAGCCCAGGGCUGGAUCCUGGUAGCUCUCAUCGGCGUCCUGACCGCGGUAUGUGCCUAUCUGGUCAACACUACCGAGACUGUUCUCUUCGAUCUGAAGCAGGGACACUGUACCAGCGGCUGGACCAAGAGCCGCAAGACCUGCUGCGACGGCGCCUCCAUCUGCGACAACUGGGUCCAUUGGUCCAAGUUCUUCCGCAGUGACAGGCUGGAUGUCGUCCAGACGCAAUAUGGAUUCUUUGUCCUCUCCGUGGUCGUCCUGUCCAUGGCCUCCUGUCUCCUGACCUUGACGACCAAGACCGUCAUCCCUUCCGCCGUCUCACUCACUACACUUGACGAAAAUCUUGGCGCUGAAGUACGCAGAUACGCCGAUCAUGACGACGACGACCCCAAACAAAGUGGUAGCCCGGAAGGACAGUUGCAAGAGGCCCAGAUCCGUCCACCUAUGGUAUACUAUUCCGCUGCAGGUAGUGGUGUAGCCGAAGUCAAAGUCAUACUGAGUGGGUUCGUUCUUCACGGCUAUCUCGGUGUUCGCACACUGGUUAUCAAAACACUCGCCUUGAUCCUCAGUGUGGCCUCUGGACUCAGUCUAGGCAAGGAGGGGCCUUAUGUGCAUAUUGCCACCUGCAUUGGAAACAUUGCUUGUCGUAUAUUCUCCAAGUACAGGAACAAUGAUGGGAAGCGAAGAGAGAUUUUGAGUGCCAGUGCUGCAAGUGGAGUAGCAGUUGCUUUUGGUGCCCCUAUCGGUGGUGUUUUGUUUAGUCUUGAGGAAGUCAGCUAUUACUUUCCGUCAAAGACUCUGUUUCGGACCUUUUUCUGUUGCAUCGCAGCUGCUCUGUCUUUGAAAUUUCUGGAUCCCUAUGGGACCAAGAAAAUCGUCCUGUUCGAAGUAAGAUACAAUCUAGACUGGAAAUUCUUCGAGUUAGUGUCCUUCAUCUUCACUGGAGCUGUCGGUGGCGUGCUUGGGGCCCUCUUCAUCAAGGCCUCGCGCAUUUGGGCGCGAACAUUUCGACGGAUUCCCAUCAUCAAAAAGCAUCCGGUUCUGGAAGUCUUCCUAGUCGCUUUGACCACUGGCCUUGUGAGCUUCUGGAAUCGAUACACGAAGCUUCCUGUCACAGAAUUACUGUUUGAGCUGGCCAGUCCUUGCGACACCUACACAGAUUCCGGUGACGGUCUCUGUCCAACGAGGGAACACAUCCCGGACGUGCUCAAAGUACUGUUUGUCGCUUUCCUCAUCAAGGCUAGUCUUACCAUCAUCACUUUUGGUCUCAAGGUGCCCGCUGGUAUCUAUGUACCUUCCAUGGUAGUUGGUGGUCUAGCAGGUCGCUUCAUUGGUCAUUCCGUGCAGCUCUUUGCUCUCCGCUAUAGCCAUCUUGGCGUAUUUGGCGAGUGUGUUCCAUCAGGUCCGCCUGGCUCAUGUGUUGUUCCUGGUGUCUACGCCUUGGUAGCUGCCGGUGCAACAAUGACAGGUGUCACCCGUUUGACUAUCACGUUGGCCGUUAUUCUCUUCGAGCUAACGGGCAGUUUGGACCAUGUACUGCCAUUCUCGCUCGGGAUUUUGGUUGCCAAAUGGGUAGCUGAUGCUAUCGAGCCGCUGAGCAUCUACGAUUUGCUGACUGACAUGAACUCGUACCCUUUCUUGGACAACAAAGUUCGACCUAUCUUCACAUCAGAGCUCGGUGACAUUACGCCCCGUGUCAGACCCGACAAGAUAAUCGAUGUAUCGGAAGAAUCACUGAUUCCAGCUCCUGAGCUUCGUGAGAAGCAACAGAGGUUACAGAUGAGCGGUGAACUAGACGGCGGUCUACCAAUUGUAAAGAACGGUGUGCUCGUCGGCCUCAUCCCCGCUCCGGAUCUUGAAUUCGCGCUGGACAAGCUUGAGAAUGAAGAUAACACGCUCUGUCUCAUGUCACCACAAGAAGACUGGGCAGCAGGAAGAGAGCAGCAUGGCGAGGAAGAACAAGCAUCCUAUGACCCGAGUGACUUUACUCCUUAUAUCGACCCGGCACCCGUGGCAUUAGACGUUCAUUCCCCAAUGGACUUGGUCUACGAAUGCUUUGUCAAACUCGGUCUCAGGUAUAUCUGUGUACUACGCGAUGGCAAAUUCGCUGGCCUGGUCCACAAGAAGUCUUUUGUCAAAUACAUUAAAGAGCUUGAGCAACACGAGAAGAUUCAUGGAAUCAUCUAA